CAUACUGAAGCCGACCACAUUUCCGCACAAACAGGAAGAAGGGCUCGUAGCACAACAUCUCCCAACACUUUCGUGGUAGGAAACCUAUUUUUGUCUUAUUUAAAUAAAUUUUACGUGAAGUUUUGUCUUCAUUUUUCUCGCGUUAGUCAUGGAUCACAGCCGGUCGGCGGACAGACGCUCGGAGUCGUCCAGCAGACGCGGGAGAGAGAAAAAACAGGAGAAGAAAAAACGGAGAAGGUCCUCCUCCUCUUCAUCUUCUGCGUCCUCGUCGUCUUCUUCAUCAUCGUCUUCCUCACCGAGCAGGAGCCCGAGUGCCAAAGCGUCAAAGAAAACCUCGCGUAAGAGCCAAGAUGUGAAAGCCAGUCGAAAGAAACGAAGAAGAAGAUCCUCAUCCUCCUCGUCCAGCUCCUCCUCAUCCUCCUCAUCUUCUUCCUCGGGCGGCGAGAAGGCAAAAAAGAAGAAGAGCAAAGCAAAGAAGAAGAAGCUGAAGAAGAAAAAGGCGAAGCUCAAGAAGCAGAGGAAGAAGGAGAAGAGGAAGGAGAAGAAGCUGAAGAAACAGGCGAGGAAGGCGCAGGCUGCCGAGGCCAUGCCCGGCCCUCCUGUGGAAAAGCCUGCGUCCUUCCUGCAGGUGUGGCAGAGUGAUGAGGGCGCCGCCGAGCUGGGACCUGUCAUGACGGACGAGCAGAAAGCCAGGCUCUCCACCAAGAGGCCCCUCACCAAGGAGGAGUACGAGGCCCGGCAGAGCGUCAUCCGCAGGGUGGUGGACCCCGAAACAGGACGCACCAGGUUGGUUCGAGGAGAGGGAGAGAUCAUCGAGGAGAUAGUCAGUCGAGAAAGACACAAAGAUAUCAAUAAGCAAGCCACCAAGGGGGACGGGAGCGCCUUUCAGAGGAGGCUGGGGAUCAACAGGUAGAGGACGGGUAUUUUCUCCAGGGCUGCUUCCGAAAAUCAUCGUCGUCGUCAACAAAAACUGUUAAAUAUGUGAUUUGUACAGGGAAGGUUUCUGCGUGUCAAUGUCAUGGAUGCACCACUGCUUCCAACAUAAAUAUGAAAACUAAUCUGAACACUAGAGGCUCACUGAUCUAAAACUAAGCUGUCGAGUCAUUGUUCAAAACUAUUAAAACGUUGACAUGGAAAAACUUUGAAAUAAGUCUCUAUAUCUUUUUCACAUAAUUCAACAAAUUGAUAUUUAGUGUGCAGUGCAUGCGUGAACAAGGAGAGUCUUAUUUGCCUUUCAUAAAACACACUGAAUGUACAAAAUAUUAAUAUACUGUUGAGGUGAAUCCAGGUAACAACCAUUAUCUCUCACUGAGACACAUAAAUGAUUUCAUGCGCUGGUACGUUGUUAAAUUUGGACAUGUAUAGUUUAUAUUUCACAGUUGUUGAUUGUUCUUUGCAAAUACAAUUAUAAAUUUUGAAUGCAG